CAAAAUAUUUUUAACUGGCUAAUGUUAUUUUCCAGGAUGUCAUUAAAUGACAGACUCAAAUUUACCCAAUUACCAAAUUUACCACAUUAGCAACAGAGUUAAUGAAGCCUGCUUUCUUCUGUAUUUGUGUCUUGAACAUGGAUUUGUUCAUGUAUGAAUAAGACAGGAGGGCCAGUUGACGUUUCACUUGUCUUUAGUGUGCUUCUCCACAUGGAUUUUAUUAGGGUAAGUUCACACUGAAGUGCUACUCUUGGUGGCAGUACUGAGGGUCUCAUCUUUACACUGGCUUCAUACUUUCAUGGAUACUGUAAAAACUUCAUCUUUCAAAUUGGUUUGGUUGGAAGCUGGCCAAGAAGCUGUACAGUAUGGAGGUUAAAUGACAGUGAGACAUUGUCAUCCACUUGCUCACGUGUAUAGAGCAAUCAUCAGUAGUUCAAUUCUGUAGGAUAACCAGCUUGAGCAUUUAAGAAAGAGAAACGCAUAGCUUCCAAUACACCCGAGUUUCCCUGUGCUCCAUAAAACUUCAGGAUGUUAGAAAAAUUAUUUCAGAUGUGAUACAGGCAUACCAGAAAGAAUGUAAUUUAUUUUUGCGAAUAUUUUUCAUUCAGUUCAAUUUGAUUAUUCCCUUUUAAUGUAAGAGAACUGAAAGGGCUUGUUUGAAAAUGACAAUAUAUGAACAAUUAGAGUUGGUUUAAUCAGACAAAAAGAAAGGCCUGUGCAUUAAUGUCAAAUGUCAAGCAUAAAAGAUGGACAAGAAUGAAGGGGAAGGUACAGCAAAUCACGAACAGGAAAAGAAGGUAAUAUCUGAAUCACGAGUGGGUGCUGUGGGGGCGGACAGACCAUGGUGAUGUCCCUGAGCAACAGGUUGUGACAUCACCGGGUGACGAUUGUGACAGCUGUGCCCUCACUGCUCAUAGUGGGGUGCCGGCAGAGCCUGGCUCAGUCUGGCUCGUUCCUGGACCGUGCUGAGCAGCUCUGCGAGGCUUGGAGGUCGAGCAAGGUUUUCGCUGUGCUGUGCUGGGUCGUGCCUGGGGCUGCUCGCAGCAUCUCAGUGCCUGACCCCGCAGCAUCGCUUCUGUUUCCCUGGCCCUGCCUAGUGCAGGCAGCUGGGACCCUACUGAGUGCACCCGCAGCAGCGGAGGGUGAGACACCACCGCCGCAGCUGCUUUGAAGGAGAACAACUCGUCAUCCUCGGUUCUCCCAGUGCCUGCAGCGAGAAGAUCAUGGCUGCAGAAGAGGCAUGGAUGUGUCCCGUCUGCCGCGAGGUGCGGCAGGACGUGGCCCAAGCUAUUCCAUGCAAUCACAGUUUCUGCCUUGGCUGCAUCCAGCGGUGGGCGAGGCUGAGGGACAGCUGCCCGCUGUGCAGGACGGCCAUGGAGACCAUCCGGGUCUCCGUGCGGGGAGACAACCAGUACGUGGAUUGCGUCGUCUCCCCGCCCGCAGUGCCGGUGCCCGUCGGCUUCGGCACCACCACUGCCACCGGUCCCGACAGCGACGAGGACCUUCUUCCCCCCCUUCCACCACUGUCCCCUGAGCCCAUGGCGGCGGAGCCGGAGAGAGUGGGCGGCCUCCUGCUGGAGGAGUGGGCGGCACUUUUCAGGGUCCGACGAAACGUCCUCAACCCGGUGCUGCCCUGGCUGGAGCAGGAACUGCGCCGCAACGGGGAGCUGCGAUGGUGGAAGAUCGACUGGGUCAAGAGCAUGAUCCUGGCAUUCCUCUGCCAGGUGGGGCCGGACAGGGACGUCCUGGUGGACUGCACAGAGCACGCCCUGGGACCCAUCACCGCACCGCUCAUCGACGCCCUCAUCACAACCAUCGAGAGCCGGUGCGGCCAGGAGGCCCGGAGGCUGCUGGGCCUCGAAGACCCCGGCGCUGCCCAGGAGCACGAGGACGGCCCCGCGGCCCCGUCCGGUCCCGGCACCGCUCCGCAGGGGACCGUCGAGCCCAGCGCCGUGCCCUCCGGCAGCUCCGCGGGUCCCGACGCAGAGGAGCUCCCCGGCACGUCCAGCGGGGCCCUCGGCACAGGUCCCGGCCAGGAGUCGGCUCCCGAGGCAGCCGGUCCCUCUGCCCAGCGCCGCAGCCGCGGCCCCUCCGCUCACGGCCGGGGCAGGAAGCGCUCGGCUGGGGGGCGCCGGCGCCCCACCAAGAGGAGGGCCGGCAGCGCCCAGCGCGAUCCUCCGCCCUGCAAGAGGCGGCGCCCCCGGCCCCUCUAGCGGGGUCACGCAUUUCCAAUAAAAGAUUAGAACGCACAAGCACGAGUUGUUCGCAGUGUCUGUUCUUUCCAGACCGUUCCCC